UCCUGUUUUGGAGCAAUGGCCACAGGUGUGAUCCGAAACGUAUCAGAGUUCAAGUUCCCACCACCUUUUCACAUUCCCUUUCUAUAUCCAUCACUACAAGAUGACAUGGAUUUUCAGGAAUCAUCUGAGGAUGAGGAAGAAGAAGAAUUACUGGAGGAUGAGGAUAUGGAGGACGAGGUUGAAGGGUUGAACCCAGCGACCCCUGUGCCAAGUGACAAUAUGAAUAGCCAAUACACCAGUGACCUUAAUACUGAAAUGACAUUGCAACUUCUGAAGUUUUCUGAGCUAAUUAGCUCUGAUAUUCAAAGGUACUUUGGACCAAAGACGAAGGAAGAAGACCCAGAUUCAUGCAACAUUUACGAGGACUACAGUGGCCCACAGCUAUCUGGGCAGGAGGUGUACUAUCGAGACCUUGUGAAGAUGGCACAUGACAGGGAGGACUUAUUUAACCCCCUGACCCCUCCAGGGGACAUAGACCAGAAGAUUUUGCAGUCAAUUUGCACCAAAGAAGAUCCUAAAAAACUGGGACCUCUUAUGGAGUUGUUUGACUUUGGCCUUCAGAAGUACACAAGGCAGAAGGUGACAGGGAGCAAAGAAGGCAGGCAGCAAAGGCUGGAUAAGAAAUAUGCCCAUAUAGUUCCCAUGACCAGGAGAAUGCUGCCCAUGUCCUUCUGGAAGGAGCCUACACCUGCUCCAGUCUGCAUGCUGAACACUAACACUCCAGACUUUAGUGACCUACUGGAGAACUGGACCUCCGAUGCUCACAGUGAGUUGCACAGUACCACCAGGGACUUGAUCAGUGAAUUCAGCAGAUGAACUAGAACACUCUGUCUCAGUCCAAACUGUCACUAAACAGACAGUUUAGUUCCUUUGUAAAUUAGCUUAUUGUUAAUGACAAUUUGCAAGUAGUCUUUUGCUAUCCGGUCAACCUAUUCCUACACCUAGCAAUCAGGCCAUGGUGUGGAAAUGGAUAGAGGGGACCUGUGUAGAAUGGAAAGUGAUGGAAAAAGUCUCACUAUAAUCUAGCCUCAGAUAUAAUCUGCUUUCUGGUUUCCAGGUUUGAAAGGUAUUUCAUUGGUUUCCAUUACCAACCCCUAUUGAUAUGAUAUACUCUGAAUAUGCCCAUCAGCACUGCCCACUCGCACCUCAUUUUAAGUGUGCCGGGUGGUGUUACUGCAGGCGAAGCACAGUUAGAUAUGUGGAACAUGUUAUAGUGUUGAGAAUGCCUCAAGAAUGGGCAACUGAGCAAUCUUGUUGGCCUGUGAUUUCAAACCUUAAUUCAAAAAGGGAUCAGGUUCACAGACCAAAGGUAUAGGGCACGGAAUUUGCUCUUACUGCACACCCACUCGAUCCUACCUGUCCCCCCUACUAGUGAGCACCACCAGACCAAUAGGGACAACCCAACGAAGAGAAAGAAGUCCGGAACAUUAUAGCAGCUCCAGUGUCUGGUCAAGGCUACGGCUCAUACAAGACUUUACACAUUGGUUACAUCUUCUCAAGUAUUACAUCCUACUCUGCAAACGUAGAGCCCUCCUAUCUUUGCCCCCUAUUAAUCCAAUGAAGGUAUUCAUUUUACUGUUGGGACAGGUUUCCAAUGCCUAUCCUACAAAAAACUUCAUGGUUUCAUACAUCUUGCCCUUCUGAAUAGUUAUGGUCCUGCAUAAACCCCAGCGAAGCUUGGCCUGAGGCAAGGAACCCAGUGCAGCCAAUCAGCAUUUGCCUUUCACUAGCCUAGCACAGUUACAAGAUAGAACUGAAUUAAUACAACCGUUACCCAUUAAAUAAUAAUGAAGCUUGAUUCUCUUUUGAUGGAGGUGGGCAGAAGAAUAUUUUCCUCCUGAACACUAAUAUUCUGUACAUCAUGUAUAUAGAUUUGUUGCUGGUUACAU